GCAUUUCAUAUUCAAGAGCGUCAAGCUUCAAGCUUAGCUUAGCUUUAACCUGAGCAGGCAGCAGCCACAGCAACGAGCGCCUUAAACACUUCACUCUCUCUUUCUCUCUCCUUCUGAAAAAAUGGAGCUUUGUACAACACAAGCCGUCUCCAAUCUCCCCAUUUACAAUCAUCACCAUCACCAUCACCAUCACCAUCACCAUCACCAUCGUUCACUCGCCACCGCAUACUCUAAUCUAGGCCGCACAAAAACCUCUUUCUUUCUCAAGCAAACCACCGUCUGUCGUUCCGGUUAUGGCCUACGCUCCAGAACGCUGUAUUACACUAACCCAUCGCCAAGAGCAAUAAACUCUGAAGAAACUUCGAGUGGUUCAAAUCAGUAUUUCAGUGAUAAACGUGAUGUUGUAGCCACUGUCGAAGAUGUUCAACCAGUUGAAAAGCGUGUAUACACUGAAAGUGUAACUACAGAAGUACCUAAAGAAGAAUCACCUGUGGAUGAGCAAACAAAUGAACUUCUGGAUAAUCUUAAUAUAAAGUUUGACUCGGAAGAUGCAUAUUCGGUUAUUUUAUAUGGAAGUGGUGCAUUACUUGCUGUGUGGUUGGCAUCAGCAAUUGUUAGUGCCGUUGAUUCUAUUCCUUUGCUUCCUAAGUUGCUGGAAGUUGUGGGUCUUGGCUACACAAUCUGGUUCAGCACCCGCUAUCUGUUGUUCAAGAAAAAUAGAGAGGAGUUGACGGCAAAAAUUAAAGAGCUUAAGCAGCAGGUUCUGGGCACAAAUGAUGAGUGAAAUUUGAUGCGGGUAGGAAUUAUAUAAUUUUUCAAAGUUAUGUGCAGCUCCAGAAGCUGAGUGUAGAGCAAACAUGUUCAUAAGUUAGAUAUAUAGGCAGUUAUUUAUACAAUCAGUUUAUCACUGGACUAGUUAAAGGCAAAUAUAUGUUUUCUUCUUUAUUUUUUUAUUUUUAUCUGUAUGAAAGAAUUGUUUAUUGCUAAAGUUAUUUCCUUUCAAUA